CCUGUAACCUGCGCCGUCAGGAUGUGGCUGGGAGCUGACGUCGGGUCCAGAUGUGGCUCCGUCCCCGCCCACCCUCGGGGCCGGGCCUCUCACACCGGGGCGCGGCGUGAACGGCGGCCACCCAGCGCCGUGGUGCCUAACGUCGCCGCUCGGCAUCCCUAGGACGGGCCGGCUUGACGCUGCGCGCGGGGAGCCCUAAGGUCCGCGCGCCCCUCGUCUCCCCACCCCCCCCAUGCGCUCGCUCCCUGGGGCCCGGGCGGGCGGGCGCCUCGCGGACGCGGAGCCGCGCGGGUGACGGCAGAGGCGGUGGCGCGCCCGGCCCAGCCCGCGGAGGGCGCGCCGCGCCCCCCGCCCCCACCCCGCCCGCGUUCAGAGGAGGCUGUGGGUGCGGGCACGUCGCUGAGUCGGGGCGAGGAGCAGCGCCCCGCAGCCGCCGGCCGGAGCCCCGCGAGCAUGGCAGCCGCCGCCUACGUGGACCACUUCGCCGCCGAGUGCCUCGUGUCCAUGUCCAGCCGCGCGGUCGUCCACGGGCCGCGGGAGGGGCCGGAGCCCCGGCCCGAGGGCGCGGUCGCCGCUGCUGCCGCCGCUGCCACUCUGCCCCGCGGCGAGGAGCGCCGCGACGGCAAGGACAGCGCCUCGCUCUUCGUGGUGGCGCGGAUCCUGGCGGACCUCAACCAGCAGGCACCGGCGCCCGCCCCGGCCGAGCGCCGAGAGGGCGCCGCGGCCCGGAAAGCGAGGACCCCGUGCCGCCUGCCGCUCGCGCCACCGCCCGUCUCCCCCAGCGGCGACGGAGCCGCGGCCGCGCCCCCCAGCCCCGCGUGGAGCGAGCCGGAGCCCGAGCCCGAGGCGGGGCUGGAGCCGGAGCCAGCGGGCGGCUGCGAGCCCGGCCUCAGACAAAGGGGUCGGCGGGGCCGAAGUCGCGGCGACCUCGAGUCCCCGCCGAGGAAGCACAAGUGCCACUACGCGGGCUGUGAGAAAGUUUACGGGAAAUCCUCGCACCUCAAGGCGCACCUGAGAACUCACACAGGUGAGCGGCCCUUCGCCUGCAGCUGGCAGGACUGCAACAAGAAGUUCGCGCGCUCCGACGAGCUGGCCCGGCACUACCGCACGCACACGGGCGAAAAGAAGUUCCGCUGCCCCAUCUGCGAGAAGCGCUUCAUGCGCAGCGACCACCUGACCAAGCACGCGCGCCGCCACGCCAACUUCCACCCGGGCAUGCUGCAGCGGCGCGGCGGCGGCUCGCGUACCGGCUCGGUCAGCGACUACAGCCGCUCGGACGCCAGCAGCCCCACCAUCAGCCCGGCCAGCUCGCCCUGAGCCCGCCCGGGGCCAGGGGUGGGGGUGCGGGCUCCCCACGGCUCCCGCCCUCCUUGCUGCGCCACCUCGGCAGCCAUGAGCAGAGGCUCACUCCCCAUCGUGGGUCCCUGGCUUUCCCUUUUCUCAUAACCUAGAGGAGAGGAAAGAACUUUCUGAAAAGCCAACAAGAAAACAAUUUUUCUUCACCUCAGGUGUUAAAUUUGUAAAAAAAAAAAAAAAAACAGAAAAACACACAAAAAACUAAACAAAAAAUUUCGAAAAACACCAUACCCAAAUUGCACAAUAGAAAUACCCACAAAAUUGAAAUUCAGCGUGUUGGUUCCCCCCUUUUCCCCCCAUUCUCAGGGAUGGACAUGUUUCACAAAGGUCAGUGAAGACACCCCUUCCCUCCGCCUUACUCUGUACAUAGAUUUGCACUCGGGAGCUUUCUCUUAGGCUCGGGGACAGGACACGCCAGGGACAAAGCAGGCCAGGGUCGGCAUCAGCAGGGUGCUGCAGACAGGUCCCCUCAGGUGGUCUGGAGAGGACAUGGCUGCCAACACUCAGGCCUCUGCAGCAGACUCGUGAGCAGCUGGGCACCACUUCUUCCCCUUCCUGCCCACCGGGUGCCAGGCCUCCAGCCCCCGCCCCAGCAGACCCAGCACACAGACAUCGCACAGGGACAGGCCACUUCAAACGGAUGCCUUAAGCUGCAGUGGGCAGAGGAGCACAACACAGGGGGAGACAACCAGCCCUGUGCCCAUCCCCACCCCCUCCAGCCACCCUUCAUUCUCUGGGGCCCUCUCUUUGCGGCCUCUCGGAGACCUGGCAGCAGAGAUGCAACCCUGGCUUGCGAGUGCUGUGGCACUGGCAACACGCUGGGAUGGCAGGGCCCUGGCCGCACCCUGCUGUACUGUGCAUGGAGAUGCCCACUGCUCCCGUGUCCAGGACUUGCCAGGCACAGGACAGCCGUCCCUGCAGAAGGCAAGGGAACCCUGACUGGAAGGUGAAACCCAGGCGCUCCCUUCUGUACAGGUGUCCGGAAGUGCUGUCAGCGCACCUGUUCCUGAGCUCGCAGUGGCCCUGCUCAGGAGCAGCUUUGUCUGGAACAGUGGGUGAGUUUGUUGGACCACAUGAACAGAAGGCUGCGUGCACGGCAGCGUGCCUGUCCGCAGGCGUGCACACACACUCGGUACUCUGCGGAUUCUACUCUAUAGCAAGAGACCAGAGCAUUGUGAUUUGGAACUUUCCUGUAGUGCUGAAGUGGAUGUUUUGGAAAAUGCUCUCCGAGAAAGUGCAUUCUGUUUUCCUCCACGGGGAAUACCAGAUGGAAAAUGGUGGGAAACACUUUUCUCAGACCCACACUCUCCCCCAGGGCAGACUUAGCCAACUUCCCAUUUCUACUUGAGCUUGGCACCCCCAGGACAGCUCCUCCCUUUCCCGCCUGCUUCUCCCCAUCCUGCUGAGAGGGCCCCAGGCUCACCAGCUUGUGAUGCAGGAUCUGCCUUUCCCCGGGCUCUCAUGGUGAAAGAGGAAGGACAGAGAGGUGGCGUGGCUUCUCCUGAGCCGAGCCCAGGCUGGGUUGCGGUUCAAGGCCCUGGGCCAGGUCUGCUCACGUCGUGCCCAGCACGCUCCCCCUCUGGGGAAAGCUGGAGCGGAGCCAGCUCAGCAUUGCUGCCCAGGGUGGGGGCCUUCAAAUAUAAGCCCCCGACAGCGUGCGUGUGUGUGUGUGUGUGUGUGUGUGUGUGUGUGUUGGGGGUUCUCGGUUCGGGGCAGACUGGGGUAUUUUGCAGACCUCUUCUCAUUUUGAUGAGGUGGAAGGCCCUGUGGCCCCUCAGAGGGACUUCCCAGGCCCAGAGUGCCUUGGUUUGGCAGUCCUGCUUCUCCUGCCACCCCCUCCUGGGAACCAGGCUGGGGGCAGAGCACUGAGGCGCCCAAGACCAAGGCCCCGUGGGGCCCACACAGUCCCUUGGCCGCUGCUUGGGGCCGCUCUGGAGCGGAUGGGUGCCUCUGCCCUGCGGUCGUGUGGUCGGCAGGCUGCUGCUGCUGACCAGGUUCCUGGUGCCCGUUCCUCUCUCUGCACUGCAUGUCAGCCGGGAGCAGCUGGUGGCCUGCUGGUGGCUUCUGAGCAGCACGACAGGUACUGAGUGAGUUCCACAGCAGUGCUGUCCCUGCUGCUUGGGUGGGAGCGGGUGGGGGAGGCAGGGGCUGAGCCGGCAGCCCUGCCCCUGUGCCAAGUCUGUUUGGUCUGGGUGACAGCCUGGGUUGUGUUUGUUCCAGGAGAGGCUCAGACAUGCGGUAGAGGACCAUGGGUGCUUGGGGGUGCAGAGAUCCUCGUGCCCAGCUCCCAAGGGAGGCACGGAAGGGCCCGUGGUGGGCCUUCCCAGCUCUUCCGUGUGAGGCAGAGAAGCCACACCCUGAAUGCAUUUCAUGUCUCAGGAAUUCACAUUCCAGGUUCAGAAAUUUUAUUCCAAAGUCCUUUGGUGCGAUCGCCCAUCCACGAGACCCCAAAGGCAGGGAGAGGGAGCAGGCAGGGAAAAGCCAACAAAGCCCUCUCCACAGGGGAGCCAGGGGUCUCCGUGUGACCUGCCCCACAGCGUCACAGAAGGAGAUUGAGUAACCGCACGUCUCUCUGUGCAUAGGAAGGGAGGAAAAGGACUUAAACCCAGUUAUCUUAAAAUAAGAAGAGCUGGUUUGUUUUAGGUGGGGGUGGGGGGUGGGGGGGGGAAGCGGGCGUUGGCUGUUUCCAAAGAGAGCACUUAAUUUCCUUUUUCUUCUAGCUGUCCCAGGUCUGUUCCGUCUGAUGGAUGGAAGGGUAACAUUGCCUUAAAGCAGAAGUAUGCAGGUGUUGGCUGUGUUGGGCGGAUGAGCACCUCUUCAUUCCAGAAGGGGUUCUCGGUUAAUGGAAGGGGGCAGCCCCUUCUGCGGGCACCAAAAGGGAAUCACCGCCGGAACCCCCAGGGCCACGGGCCUAGACCUCCAGCCUCCAGCCUUCUGGAGUCAUUUGGGGCUUACACACAUUUCACUUGAAGGGCAGACUGAGUCUGUGAAUCUCAGGCUAAGUUCGGGCAUGCUCUCCUAAGUAGGUUAGCUGUAUUUACUGAGGCCCCCACCCCCACCCCACCCCCAAAAAAAGCAGUUAGGCCAGAGAGAACCCUCCUGGGACAGUCUGUGCUCCCUUCUCCUGUGUAGGAUGCCUUUCCCAGCCUGGGUCUGUGUCAGGGUCUCUCACUUUUAUGGAUUCUGGCCAUGCCUGCUGGUUUCAGGGGGAUUGAGGAACCCGGAGGCCCCCUAGAAAUAGUAGUGAAAACUCACAUUUAUUUUGGUGCGGACUUCUCUGCGAGGGGGCAGAGAUCUCAAACUGAAGGUUGCUCAAGUGAAGCGAGAGUUCCCCUCUACACAGGACUAGGAGUGCCCAGACACGGCUGUCCGUUGGGGUGGUGAUCAGCUCAGGUUCUGAGCGAGGAAGCUUCUCUUUGCAUCAGCCAUAUUAGGGGGGAACGGUUGUGUGUUCCCCCGAUGCCUACGAAUCCUACAGCCAUAUGGGAAAACAGGCACAACCCUUUCCACCAAGGGCCCUGCAGUCCUCUCCUGUGGGUGCUACAGAGAAGUGGGCAGGGAUGGCCUUUGGUGGGAGCUGUCCAUCUGGGGCAGGGGCUCCCACAGCAGGCACACUCAGGCCUCCAAGGGCAAAACCACAGGGGAUGCUGGCACCCCCAGACCUCACCGUGCCGUGGGUCAGCGCACAGGCCACAGGAACGCACACAGGGAGGGCCGGCGACUUGCCACGGUCCCAAGCAAUCUGUGGCAGAACCAGGUUCUCCAGAAGGCCCAACCUCCUUUCUUGCCGGAAGCAGGUGCUAGGGUGAGCUUCACAGGGGCGUCUGCUUUCACCGUGGACAUCACACGGGAUCCCGGCUUCAGGCAAAACGUGUCCUGAGUGGUCGUGACCCCUCUUCUCUCUGCUCCUGGUUUGGGCUGUGUUUUCAAGGCUACCUAGUUAUUUUGGCUUCUGACAGGUGUCACUGAUAUAUAUAUAUAUAAAUAUAUUUUUUAUUUUUUUUUAACCCAUUUAGAAAAAGUCAUGUAGUCACAGAAGCUGUGCCAGAAAGUUUAAAAGGGUUUGAUAUGACGGUCACAUCGCAACUGGUGAGAAAUAGGACAGAAGCAAGGCUUUGCGGGUCAUCCCACCUUUUUUGCUAUCCAAAGAUUCCAUAGGGGAUUCUGGUGACCAUGUUUUCCAUACUCGAGUUAAGGGUGCAGGCUGACAGUUGUUGAAUUCAGGCUCGCCCCAGGGAAGAUCCAGGCCAUAGGCUUCUCCUGAGGCUAAGACUAGGCUCCAGAGGUUUGCCCUAGACACAUUCUGGAGAGUUCUCUGCCAGCGCUUGGAGGCACCAUCCAACUUACUACUGACAGAUGCCUGCACGUGCUUUAGUAUGGGGCCCUGCCUCCACUGGGCCUGGCCCAGCCCAGUCCCCACCCGCUGCCCCUCGUCCGUCCCGAGGGUUGGGUUGGGCAGGAGGUGGCAUCCGCCUGAGGAGAGUGGCCACAACCUCACUCCGAGACACUGGACUGGCAGUGUGUCCCCCCACCUGUGACCCCACCCAGCGUCCCCCCUUCUCGUACAGCUUUAAAGCAUUACUAUUUUUAUUUAAAAAUGAACAGGAUUGGAGGAAUGGAGCAUUCCUUGCCCUUCCCAUCACGCCUUCCCUGCGGGGAGGGCAGUGCCAGCUGCUUUCCCCCAGGGCUCCUGGAACCUUUAGUUCUCGCUGGUGUGUUCUCCUAGAGGACACAUCUACAGGCCGCUACGUGCACUCAUCAGGAAACCCGGCUUGUGGGCUGGAUGCCUGCAGAGCAAGCCCCGGGCCUGACCGAAGGCUGUCCCCGCCACCCAGCCCUGGGGCCUCUCCACAGGGGGCCAGGGCCCCUUCCCAAGGUCGUGGGCACCUGUCUGGGUGUGAGCGGGGGGCUGUGCCUUUCUAGCCCCGGCCCUGAGACUCCCCCAGUGUCCCAAGUGCCCGUGACCACAAGGACCCUAGGUGCCGGUGUCUGUUGAGCAACUAUGCAUUGUCCAGGGACGGGGUUUUGUUCUGGCUUGUGCAGGACCUGAGAUCCCGUGUGUGGGUGUGGAUGCCUGGCGGCUCUCUGCCGUUCCCCAGCUGCAUGGACAGCCCCUUCCCCAUCCAAAGCCAUCGAUGCAAGCUUCUCUGGAAUCGUUUGCCAAAAUCCAAAGGCAAAACCCAAGGGUCUAAGACCAUUUCCAUUGAGCACACGUUUUCCUUUUCUGUAGGAACAUUUUGUUGUUUUUAACCAGCAUCACCCCAUGCUUCCAAAGGCCAUGUUUCAUCUUUCCCGGAUCACUACACUGAAGUAUUACAGUUGUACAGCACCCAGUCUGCCUUGGCUUGCUCAGAUGAAACUUUGUAUGUAUUUUGUAUGGCAUAGAUUCUAUAUUGUAAUGAUGUCCUAUGCAAAAAGAAAAAGAUUAACGGAAUUGUAAAUUUUAUUGUUUUAACGUGUAUGCAUGUUUAGUGAUGUUUACAUUUUGAAAUAAAAUUUAUGAUUCAUUA